CGCUCGGUUUGGAAAGUUUGGGCCAGUGUUUAGCCCGACGUCUGUGUCAGUGAAAAGUUCUUGUAUGUACCUCUCCAUUUCUCAUUACUAGUUGUGCAAAACGUCAAUGGUGAUAGUGUUGGUGCAUAGAAGUAGUAGUAAUGUUACCAGUGUUGGUUUUGGGUGGCUAAAUUCAAAUACAGUAAGUUAAGAGGAGGCCGUCUUUUUCGUGGUUUUUAGUUGUGUGGCUAUUUUGCGUAGUGCUGCAUAUCCAGGGUACCUAAUGGGGUUUCGUGUGUGUGUGUUGGUCGUGAAGUCGUAAGUUUUUGUCAUGACGACCAUUGCCAGGGAAACCAGUGCGGGCUAGUGAGUGAUGGGGGCGUAACCUCUCCCACACACACAAGCUGCUUCGCGUCACGCAUUAUAGUGAUUGAGAGCAACAGAAAACCGGACUUCAAGUCAAUAUGACAGAAAAAAAGGAUCUCAAAGAUAUGGCUAUGAAAACAUUGCAAGCUGAAGAUGAAAUAAUGGAAGUGGACUCAAUUAGCAGUGACUUCCAAAUAUAUCGCCUGUUGGCUUCUGAAGAGGGGCAGUAUUCCACUCUUGUUGAGGCUAAUAAAGUUAUUGCAGGUAAUGCAAGACAAACUGCAAAUAACUUCAACUUGCUAAUGGCAGACGUGUCUUAUUCUAUGGUACAGGCUUGGCCUGAUGUCAUUGAUAGCUGGAACAAGAAUAUCAAGGAUAAACUUACUGGCACUACCAAGCUGUAUUUGUUCAGUGAUGAAGUCACCUUCCUUCGUUCUGAAACUUAUCUCAGCCAUGAUGAUCGUGUACGGGGUGGCACAAAUGUCACUGCAGCACUAAAGAGAGUACGUGCUGAAAUAGAGACGUGCAGAGAGACCGUUGUGCAGGUGUUCAUCAUUACAGAUGGAGGUCAUGGAGCAGGCGAGCCUUUACCAGAAACAGAGAUUGUCAAGAUGCAUGCACCUCAUGGCAAGACUGUAAAUGUAUUUCUUCUGGGCAUAACAAGUGGAUUUCCUGUCAACUACAGUAUUGAUAUCCGUUCCCACCUCCACAAUGGCAGUGCCACCAUUCCAUCCCUUUAUUGGGCCAAGGAAAACAGCGAAAUAGAUUCACAGAUGGAAGCAAUUGGAAAGGAUAUGAAUAUGUGCCAUGUAAAAAUGACACUUAACCAUGAUGGUUACAUUCUGCCAGGCACAGAUAGUACUUCAGUGAUACGUCCUGGUGAGUGGAUGUAUUUCCCUAGGCCACCUGAAGAAAUUGUAGAUCUAAAGGUGACUAUAGAUUCUGAAGAGAGAAAAGUAUAUCAUAAUGUCAAGGAAGCUAAUGUCACUAUUUUGCUUGAGUACUUGUAUCCCCAGUGGAACUCUGUACUUAUCCAGAGGCACCGAAAAAAGCAGCAUGUACCAAGAGAAACCUUUGGUCUUAUGGAUUCUUUGUUUCAAGUAAACUUGAGGAAAAUGAUGAGCUGCAGUACUGGGUCAGCAGUAGGUGUGAAAAAUCGGCUGAUGAGGAAGGCAUACAAGAAACUUGAAUAUGGCUAUGCCACCCUCAAGAAUAUGAGCCGCACUAUCAUAGAGGUUGAGGGAAGGUAUAAGAAUGAGAUUGAACUUGCAAACAACAUCCUGAGGAGCACUGUCUCUGGUCGCAAGUAUGAGGUAAAGAACCUCAAGUUGCGUGGUCAUGGGACAGAGGAAUAUCAGAAUGAUGUUGAAGAAUUUCGCAAAAUCUAUAAUGAAUCACAAGAAGCCAUUAAGGCCCUGCCACCAUCUCAUCCAGAUGAAUGCUGUCGAAUCACCAUGACCUCAACUCUUACAGACCUCCAGGAUGAUGAGUUUCUGCUCAUGUUAGAAGAAGGAAAGUAUGAAUUGCUAAGAAACUUCACCAUGACGGGCAUUCCUGCUUUUUCCCCUGUCCGAGAUGCUUCGCAGAUCAACGUGUGGACACUCACAAUCUCACACAUGCUGGUGAUGCCUUUCACAAUUCUCAGCCAGCGUGCUAUUGAGGAGAAGGUGAGUGUGGAAGGCUCUGAUGAUAUUCUUGGUUUUAUUAACAAGGAUGUACUGAUGAAGGAUGAUGAUGAAAAGAGCCGCUUCAACAUCAUCAUUCCAAUUGUGCCUGCUUCUGCUGCCACUGCUCUCAGACGUGUUGUGCAGUCAAAACUGUAUGCCAUGAUGGCCACUUUCUGCAUCCUCAAGAAUCCACAUAUCAUUGACUUCUCUGCCCACCUGGCUGCCCUAGCCUGUGCCUGGGUGAAGUCUUUGUCAGAUCAUCCUCCUGCAAACCGGCCUUCAUAUGUGACAGAACGAAUGGGUAACAUCACUGCCACAGCUGAACUGUACAUGGAACGGAAGACUGUCAAAAACUACAUAAAUGUAAUCUUGACUGAAUCUCAGCAGGCACUUAUGACAGAGAGUGUCAGUAAGUUUAAUGAACAAACCAUAAAAUGUGAGUCACUGGUCAAGCCUCUUUUCUUCCUUGCCAUGAGGAGAGACAAAUUAACUGCAUCUCAGUUGGAAAACCUCCUCCCUCUGUUGUUGACUGAAUAUAUUGGCCGCUGUCUCUCUAACUACAAGGUGACUGAAAAGGAUGCAACACCCUUCACUGACUUCUUUGCGCCUGAGUUGAUUGAUCCCAAGAAAAUGGACAAGUGGUUGGUGAAUACAAGUCAGGACAGUAUCAAGGAAUUCAAAGAAAGUCAUGGAAACUUGUUGGCUAGUUUCUAUGCACCUGAAAAUGUAGAAAAAGCCAUCAAGGGAUUCAUUGAAAACAAGAAAAAAGAUAUGGAGGACCACAUUCUUGACACUGCUUCUCUGCAGAUCAACAUGGACAAGGUCAAGCAUUUAAAAAAUGUGUCAAGCUGUGGAGAAGUGAGGUUCUUCACCUUUGGUACCUGGGCCGAGGAAAUGGGUGUGCCCAAAGAGACAAUCAAGGCUGCAUAUGAACCCUCACAGGUUCUGAUCUACGUGUGUGAGGCAUUGAACAACCGCAGCUCAAAGGAGCGGAUGAGUAAGACGUUAGGCAGCCACAGUGACUGUCUCAAGAUUAUCAAGGAGCAAGUGAAGAAAGAAAUUGGAAACACUCUCUUGGGAAACCUCAGGCGGAAGAUCGCUGAGCUCACUGUAGGUGAAUGGAAGAAGGAAUACCUUAGUACCCAUGAGCAGAUUGUGAAGCCCCUCUCACUAGAGCAGGUAGUGGCCGAGGCACAGGCCCGGGGUAUUGAUGUGACAGAGGACACCUUCAAGCUGAAAUACAGGUACAAUGCGCAGUGCAAGCUUCUCCGCAAUGCCUGUCAGAUCCCAGUAUGCCCCUUCUACCUGGUCCCCAACAGAAGGUUCAACCAGCACCUGGCAGUGGAGAGAGUAUUUGGACAUUUUCCACACUCACUGCAUGUGGUUUCCAAGGAGAUGUGUGAUGAAAGUGUGGAGCAUGUGAUGGGAGAAAUAAUUACAGGAUCACACAGUGGCCGCAAAAACAGAAAGAAGUGUCCCAUUGUGGAACCAGAGCCUUUCCAGAAAUUGGAACCAGAGAUUCAAGAGUUGAUGAAAAUUUAUAAGCUAAGUACUGAAACCACAUGAAUUUCUAAUGGACACAGGAGUCUUGAUAAUGAAUAGAUGGGACUGGUAAUCCCAUUUUGUGUAUGUUGAUUUUGCUGUGAGAUGGAUAUCCACACUAUCUACAAUAUGAGUCUGCCUAGAAAUGGAAUUUUAUAAAGGUUAGAAAUUAAAUAUUUGAAGUAUAUAAUAUUCACAUUAGAAUCUAAACCGAGUCUGCAUAUUUUGAGUUUUUAAGUUGGUUUGUAUCUACUCAGAAUGUUUUCAGAAUUAGAUUGGAGAGCAUCAGGUGAUAGAAACCAGGCAAAGGCUACAAGGUUUGAUUCUCUAGCCAGGCACUGAUAUUUGAGGCAGUCUCUUUUCAUAUUGAGGACAUGCUCACUGUAAUCAUGAAUCCUCAUAAUCAGGCAAGAGUUAGCAGCUAGACCUACCUCUUCUUCCAUUUACUGGCAGAUAUUUAUUACUGUAUUGCUGGAAAGACUGAUCAAAAAUAGUAUAUAUACUAUCAGUUCAUAAAUUGUUUGGAAAAAAAAAAUUGACUAAGUGGUUCAUAUUAGUGAAGAGAAUUGAAGUAGAUGGAAAGAAAUGUUCUUUAAAAAAAAAAACUAUCCCAACUGAAAUGCACACUAGUCUAUGGGAAUAUUAGUCAUUAAAUCUGAUUUUCAAAGAAACAUUCAUCUCAUGUGUCACAGAACUGUCUGCCAUUGUCUGUCACCUUCUCCACACCUGCAGACACACGGCUUUCACUUCCUAG